CUGAGACAGACGUAGUUCCACACCCCCUUUCCAGGUUUCAGUCAGACUUGUUUGCUGGCACCAGUCUGGUCAGAACGGACACUCUGGCAGUGACAUUAAGACGGGCAGCAUGUCAAACCGUGGUAAGCAGGAAUGGAUCCGGGAGUCUAUGCGCACUCCUGGCAUCCUCAUCUUUGGCAUGGUUCUGGCUCCUUGUGGGCUGAUUCUGAACCUCACCUCCACCGUCGCUCCAAAUUGGCGAACUCUCCACAACCUUCCCAACAGCGCCUCUGGAUUCACCGUCAUGCAGGGCAUCUGGGACAUCUGCACCACCACCUCCUCCAGUUCCUAUAAUUACAACUGUGGGCAAGAGGACUCUGCUUACUUCGGCCACCAGGUCAUAGAGGUCGCACAGGGGAUGAUGGUGGCUUCCCUGAUUGUCACGCUUGUAGGUUUGAUUGUGGCUAUCCCUGGAGUUCGUUGCUGGAAGAACAACCCCAACUGGACGGUCGCGGGUUUGGCGGGACUGCUCAUCUUUAUCUCUGGAGUCUUGACCAUCAUUCCCAUCGCUUGGUACACGCAUAUCCUGGAAGAAGUCACCUCAGUGCCCCCAAGCGUCACAGUACAAGUGGGUUACUGCAUCAUCUUGGGGUACAUAGGCGGGAUCAUGGAGGUGCUGGCCGGGUUGGUCAUGUUUAUAGGCAUAUGCAGGUGCUGUGGGGGGAAGAACAGAGGCGAGGUACGAGUGGAGCAACCCCAACAAGUGAGCCGAGCGGAGAGGCCGAAACCUGCACCGAGGCGAACACAGCCCCCCAGUCUGAGCAGGCCGCGGAGUGAGCUCAGUAGCGUGGCGUACUCCAGUAACUAUGAUGAUGUGUCCAUUCCCAGAGCCAAGACCACAGCCUGGUCAGUGGACAGUGGAGUGAACCGCAAACCCUAUGACGCUGACCUGUGAUGGGACAAUAAUGGACAGGAGUGGACAGACUGAGAAGACAUGAAGCACUUUGAUUUUUGUGGUUGUAAAGGGUGUCUUAUCUACCUGCUAUUUAUGAGUGCAGAUUUUAAAGGUGCACAAUAUAACUUUUCUGGUGGAGGGUCAGUCGACUGCUUUCCUCAAGAAUGUUAUUACUUUGUGUUGAAAUGUUCCACAGUAUUUUUAAUUUAAAUGAAUUUGGGCUUGGUGAAAAAACUCCUUCAUAUUAAUGGAUUUAGAUUUGUGAUUCAAAUUCAAAAUUUCAUUCAAAAAUAUAAAAAUGGGAUUUAGCACUGAAUUUAUGAACAUAAACAACAUAGGAUUUUAAUUAGUGCUAUUUAACACAUAAAAUACUACUAAUACUAAUAACUAAUUUGUUCCUCGAUAGUCUGAACCCUACCCCAAACCAAAUUCUUUUACUGACUGAGGACUGGCUGUAGAUCUCUCUUUCUUAAUCUCCAUCUCUCAAUUAAUUUCCCAGCCCUACAAUGAAUACUUGGUGCUUCGUGAUCUCUAUGGUUUAUUGCCAUUUUGCUUAACGUUCCAGGCAAGACAAUAAUCUCUCCAUGAAAAAUAGAAGGUUUUAGACCCUCCCGACAAAAACUUAUAUUGGGCCCCUUUCAAAUAAUAUUAAGUUUCUAUUUAUAUAUAAAAAUAUAAAUAUAUAUAUAUAUAUAAAUAUCUAUAUUUAACUUAUGUGUGAAUAAAUACUGUUGU